GGCUGCUUGAAUGUGAAAGCAGAAGGAAAACCGAGGCAAGAGGCAAGAUUAUUCCUUGCCUUGGCGGUGGGGGGGUCCAUUUUGCUGGAACGUAGGGUGGACAUGGAAGGCCCGGUUGAAUUCUGGGAGAUCUCUCUGAGGCCAUUGGAGCUAUCAGACAUCGACGAUUUCAUGGUGUGGGCAAGAGAUGAUAAAGUGACUAGUUUCACCAGUUAUGGACCUUUCAGUCGCAAAGAAGAAGGCAUAGAGUAUAUCAACGAAGUCGUUAGACCCCACGAGUGGUUCAAGGCAAUUUGCAUAAAUAACAGGCCGAUUGGGGCGAUUUCAGUCACACCAUUUGCGGACAGCGCCAGAUGCAGAGGUGAAAUCGGGUAUGUUCUGGGGUCGAAGUAUUGGGGCAAAGGAAUUGCUACAAGGGCUGUGAAAAUGGUGGUAAAUAUGAUAUUUGAUGAGUGGCCGCAUUUGGAGAGACUUGAAGCUCUGGUAGAUGUUGAAAAUGUUGGGUCACAGAAGGUGCUGCAAAAGGCUGGAUUCAUGCGGGAAGGUGUUCUCAGAAAGUACUGUAUUAUGAAGGGAAAAACUAGAGAUAUGGUCAUGUUUAGUCUUCUUUCUACUGAUCCCAGAAUUUGAUUGAUUGAUCAAGUUAAUGCUGUGUUUUUGCUGUAAAUUGAUUGAGUGUGUAUGCCAGGAUUAAGUGUUUAGUCUUCGUUCUCCAUUCGAAGUCACCUUCUCCUCUUGAAUUGAAUCUAUCAAUAUAUAAAAUAAAGAAAGAUCCAAAAUGUA